AUGGCCAUCAAGUCCCAAUACCUGGCUGACUUUAUCGCAGAGUACACCAACACCCCAGGAACCCUCAUUGACUGGAACCUCUACGUUGAUGGCUCAUCAAAUAAAGCCGGGAGUGGAGCUGGCGUUAUCCUGGAAAGUGAUCAAGGGACCCAACUCGAACUCUCCUUAUGGUUCAUGUUUCCUGCCUCAAAUAAUCAGGCUGAGUACGAAGCCCUACUAGCUGGUUUGAAGCUGGCUAGGGAAGUCGGAGCCCAAAAGCUUACUAUCUUCAGCGAUUCACAAAUUGAGGCAGAGCCACUGGCCGUCGCCACUGCCCAGAGAAGUCAAAAGUUCCUAUACAGGAACAUUGUCACAAGGUUUGGGGUUCCAUACUCCAUCAUCAUGGACGACGGAACUCAGUUCACCGACACGGGCUUCAGAAAUAUGGUGGCUGACCUAAAAAUCAAGCACCAAAUCACCUCAGUGGAACAUCCACAAGCCAACGGACAGGCGAAAGCCGCUAAUAAGGUCAUAUUGGUCGGGUUGAAACGCCGUCUGCAGGAUACAAAAGGAGCUUGGGCUGAAGAGCUCCCCCAGGUCCUAUGGGCGUACCGAACAACACCAUACUCCACUACAGGGGAGUCACCCUUCCGAAUUGCUUACGGAAUGGAGGCAAUGAUCCCCGUAGAAGUAAAUGAAAAAUCCUCUAGGGUGAUCUUCUACAAUGAGGAUGCCAACUCCCAAGCACUCAAGGAAGAACUGGACCUGCUUCCAGAGGUCGAAGAAAGAGCUUGGAUCAGAGAGGAAGCCCUAAAGCGUUGA